GUGCUGUGAGGGAAGUGUUUCUCCAUACGUGUGUCAUCCUCUGGAGGCUCGGCUUUUCAGCUCAUGAGGAAAGCUUCUGGGGCCACCCGAGCAAGGAAACAUAGUGAAAGGCUCAAAUUAACUUCAAUAUGCGAGGUUCAGUUUGUAAAUCCGCACCUUUUAAUGCCACAUCAUCAUUAUGCUUAAAGUACGUUUUCUCCUCUGAGCAGCUGUUACAUUUGAUGGAAUAGACUCUCGUGUGAAAGACAGGAGAAGUCACAGCCCCCCUCGACGAGGAGGAGGACCACCACCACCACCACCACCACCACAGGAGAGUCUCUGAGCUACAGCUUCUCACAGCGCGUCCAGCCCCCGGGGCGCACUCCACUGUCUGCAGUGCGCGUCGCGGUUCAGAAGAUGGAAAGCGAAAUAAACGAGAGGAUGAGCGCCAUCAGUACUUCGAUCGCCGAUUCUACCGAUACAAGAGUGAGCGACUUGAUCGACGCUGGGUACGUUAAUAAUAAAUUAUCCAGCACCUCGCCGUCUCUUACCUGCACGUCCUCCACCGUGCGUAAUUUUGGAAACACUGGCACACUGAUCCACGGUCUGAAUUCAAGCGGCGACGGCGCAGUUUUCAGAGACUGUGACAUACUCGACGGUUCACUUGUUGCCAAACACUUUUACGCACGCAGUGAAUAUCUGAAGUGCGACAGUGUGCCUUGGGAAGAUUUUGUAAGCGUCCAGGGGACGAAUGUGGCCCCAUCCGAAAGUUUACCAGGCGCAAGUUUAAACCUCUCCUCGACACCCGGAGCGUGUAAGUUCAUCAAAGAUGAGAAGGAGCCUGCUGUGAUUAUGGAAACACCCUGUCCCAGCUUUGAUCCGUCACCGGAGAUACCUGCUCUUGACACCUGUUGUCAGACCAACAACAGGAAGCAGCAGCUGGGGCUGAGCGACAGCGAGUCGACGGGCUUCACGCCGGCCGCUCUCGGCCCUCGACCGGGGCUGGAGGGAUCUCCAAACUUUCUGAUCGACCUGAACCAACCAGAGCAGCUGCCGGCGCUGGGCCAGGUGAGGACAGACUCCAGGUGCGGUUUGUCCGGGAAGGCUGUCAUCAGCUUUGACGCAAACAGGCACACGGCCCCGCAGCUGACCAUGUACAAGAGCGAGGUUCCCCGCUGGCAGAUGCAGACGUCUCCAGCCGAGCCUCAGUACUGGGUCCAGUCCGCAGGGCUGACGGAGGGGCCGUUCACACAGAGCGGCUAUGAUGGGAUCCAGAGCCAGCCCCUGUCUCAGAGGAACCCAUCACCCUUCUCUGCAUUCCUCGGAGUGCCACCUCAAAGAAUGUGCAUGAUCUGUGGUGACGAGGCAUCCGGUUGCCACUACGGAGUCUUAACCUGCGGGAGCUGUAAAGUCUUUUUUAAAAGAGCAGUCGAAGGCCACCAUAGUUAUCUCUGCGCUGGGCGUAAUGACUGCAUUGUGGACAAAAUCCGAAGGAAAAAUUGCCCUGCGUGUCGUCUCCGAAAGUGCUAUCAAGCCGGAAUGAUGCUCGGAGGCAGGAAGCUGAAGCGUUUCGGGGCACUGAAAGCCUUGGGUAUGGCCCCGUCCCUGAUGUUCCAGUCUCACUUGGCCAUGUCCAGCGACAAUCAGGCCUUGAACUCCAUGUCUUGCAUACCAGGCAUCCGUGAGGUGCAGUUCUCCCAGCAGAUCAUCAAUAUCCUGGAAAACAUUGAACCGGAGGUCGUGUACUCGGGUUUUGACAACAGCCAGCCUGAGGUUGCCCAUCUCCUGCUCACCAGUCUCAACAGGCUGUGCGAGAAACAGCUGCUGUGGAUCGUCAAGUGGUCCAAGUCUCUGCCAGGGUUUCGCAGUCUUCACAUCACUGACCAGAUGACCCUCAUCCAGUACUCGUGGAUGAACCUGAUGGUGUUCGCUCUUGGGUGGCGUUCCUUUCAGAACGUCAACAGUGAAUAUUUAUAUUUUGCACCCGAUCUGGUCCUGAGUCAGGAGCAAAUGAGGAGAUCUCCAAUUUAUGACCUGUGCCUGGCGAUCCAGUUCAUCCCUCAGGAGUUUGCAAACCUUCAAGUAACCCGCGAGGAGUUUCUCUGCAUGAAGGCCAUAAUACUCCUCAACACAGUGCCUCUUGAAGGACUCAAAAGUCAGGGAGCAUUUGAAGAGAUGAGACAAAACUACAUCCGGGAGCUGACCAAGGCUGUCCACGGCAGGGAGAAGGGCUUGGUGGCGAGCUCGCAGCGGUUCUACCACCUCACCAAACUGAUGGACGCCAUGCAUGAGAUAGUGAAGAAGGUCAACCUGUUCUGUCUGACCACCUUCAUCCAGGCAGACGCCAUGAAAGUGGAGUUUCCAGAGAUGAUGUCAGAGGUCAUUGCCUCCCAGCUUCCGAAGGUCCUGGCCGGCAUGGUGAGGCCGCUCUUGUUCCACUCCAAGUGACGAUUCCAGCACAGACACCACAAUGCCUGCGGAGUCGUCCUAUGACUGGACUCCUGACAUGUCAUUUUCUGGAUUUUUCACAGCCUUUCGCUUUUGUAGUCAUUAUUUCUUUGGCAAAUUGCAUCUAAUGGUGUUAAGCUCUUCUACUUCAUGAGGUGGAACAUGUUCCUUAACGUAUGUAUUUUAGUACAGAUCUCCCAUGAAUAUUAUUAAUUCAGAGGCAUCAAUCAAAGCUCAAUAAAAGCUAUUGGGAACCACUACA